AAAGAAUCAAGUCAAGAGGACUCUGCAUAUCCUUUACCUUAAAGCUCUUUCUGUGCUUGGCUUGGGAAAACUAAGAGUCAAGCUUAUGCACUCAAAAACACAGAGACAACACCAAGGCAGAUGCACUGUGCAUGUCUGAACUACAGGACAGAACAGCCUCCUCUUGCAGGGAGCUCCCUUGCAGUGCUAACAUGGCUUUUGCUGGUAUCCUGACAGAAGCUGAAAUUGCUGCUGGCCUACAGAGUUGCCAAGCUGCUGAUUCAUUCAAUUACAAAACCUUUUUUGUCAAAGUGGGUCUGAACUCCAAGUCCAAAGACCAGCUGGCCAAAGUCUUCGGGAUUCUCGAUCAGGACAGGAGUGGUUUUAUUGAGGAAGAUGAACUGAAACUAUUCCUGCAGAACUUCUCAGCCAGUGCCAGAGCUCUGACUGAUGCUGAGACCAAGGCGUUCCUGGCAGCAGGAGACAGUGAUGGAGAUGGUAAAAUUGGAGUGGAUGAGUUUCAAGCCCUGGUCAAAUCUUAACAAGCAGCCAAGAGAAAGACCAAGAUACCUGCACCAUAAACAAUCUUUCCUAUUGCAAGUCUAUUAUUUAUGUUGUGCCCUGAAAGGUCAUGAACAGUUGGUGGCAAGUGACUUCAUAUUGCUAGAAAACACAUGUAGCAGUGCAAGCUCUACUUAAAUCAUGUUCCCCAGUGUCUUAACCAGAAGGUCUCCAUACCACUGGAAGACCAAAUUGGAAUCCACACCACUCAUCUGAACGUUAAGAAUGUUACGAGGAGAAGUUAAAACCAUCUCUGCAGGCCAUUUAGUUUUCAACAUUUGCAUAAACAGCCAGCAUCUGUUGUAAACAACCUGAAUUAAUAAAACGUCUGGGCAUAAAACCUCAUGAUGCUAACUGGUGACACUGUGCUUGUAUAUUCAACAUGUGUAUUUAAUGCUCCGCAUGUUUUUAUGCCUUUCUUUAUGCAACAGAUUAUGUUUCAUAUGCUACUUAAAUGGCAGGACUUUGUGCUAAUUAAGAUGUUGAUUGUAAUAUAAGAUUAAAUGGAUCAAGA